CGCCGCCCUUGCUCGUUGACGCUUUGUUUGCUUUCCAAAUCUCAGCUGGCUCAGUCUACGUGAUGCUCAAACAAGAUAUCGAUAACGUUGUCUCUCUCCCAGUUCCAUCUCGUCGCUCAGCGCUGCUGCACGCCCAAUUUCUGCUCCCCAUUUGUCAACGACCUUGCUGAACAAGCUCUCGAGUUCUUACCAAGGAGGCUGUCACACUGCUGACAUGCCGCCUUUCGUGAAAGUUUUUCCGAGCCAAAUUAGGCUGGAUUUUCGCGCGUCCCGACAAUAAAGACUGAGCAGGGCGGAUGGCCGCCCUCGCUGUAUUUUUGGCUCACAUUCGUCCUCUCAACCUCUUCACCACUUCACGAUGUGCUUCGGGACAAGAAAGACGGGCGCUAACUUCGACAUAGACGAUGCGAAGCCGAAGAAGAAGGCGUCGAAGAAGAGUGCGCCGCCUCCGGCGGUUCCCAAGCCCGCCGCCCCAAAGAAGGAGGAGGAGACCAAGAUCGCCGCUGUCCAGAGUCCAGGACCCAAAGUGGCCAUCGUCAUAUACUCUACUUACGGGCACAUCGCCACCCUCGCCGAAGAGGUCAAGAAGGGCAUCGAGGAAGCCGGCGGCUCCGCUUCUCUCUUCCAAGUACCCGAAACCCUACCAGGCGAGGUCCUUACGAAGAUGGGCGCCGCCGAGAAGCCUGCCUACCCUGUCAUCACGGCGGCGCAACUAGCUACAUUCGAUGGAUACUUAAUGGGCAUCCCGACACGAUUCGGCACGCAGCCGGCACAGUGGCGGUCAUUCUGGGAUACCACUAGCGGACUAUGGGGAUCUGGAGCACUCGCCGGCAAGUACGCUGGCGCUUUCACUUCGACCGCUGGACUUGGUGGAGGUCAGGAAUCGACGAUUUCAAGCGUGCUGAGCACGAUUACCCACCACGGCUCUAUCUUCGUCCCCCUUGGCUACGCGUCUGCCUUCCCGCAGCUGACGAAUCUGUCUGAAGUGCACGGGGCUUCGCCAUGGGGCGCUGGGACGGUCGCUUCAGCGGAUGGAUCCAGGCAGCCAAGUGACCUCGAGAAGGAGAUUGCCAGGAUACAGGGCAAGAGCUUCUGGGCCACGAUGAAGAAGGCAUUCUGAUGCGGCGUUCGAGCGAACCGGAAGGUCAUGUACUAGCAGCAUAGCGCUUCAUUUAUUGGCAUAUUCAAUAUUUCAAUAUUACAUAUUACAUAGAGAUUGGUCAAGGCAAGCCACUUUCGCUAGCUGUGGUCAUAGAUAGCCACUUGGGCAAUCAUACAGAUUUUGCUGAGAGCGAUGAAAUCGACGGUGCAUAGGAGCAUUCGCUAUACUCCGUCCAGUCGGAUUCUCCUUCGCUAACAGAUUGCGCUUCACAGCGAGACUGAUCGAGAAGAGAACUCGGAGAAGGGGCACGGAACGUAUCGAAGCCGAGAGGGUCAGGCGACGAAGAACGAGACUGCUGAAGCUCUGGUUUGCAGCGGUGCUGAUAUGGAGAAGCGGAUCGGACUAGCAUAAGCUUCAACGGCACUGGGUGAUCCCGGUCGGAUACAGACCACUCUUGUGAAGUCAACAACUCUGACUGUCCAAGGUCUUCGUCCUCGUCCUCGAGCGAAUCAGACUGCGCAUUCACAAUACCGACCGGUGGAUGCGUGGCGCGUAGCAGUACGCCAAAAGCGUCCGCGCAUUGAUCAGUGAGAAGCGGAAUGCGCAGUUCGCUGCCCAGCAAAGUGAGAGGGAGAUCGACGUCGUGGUGGGCGGAGAAAACGGGGGGAGCAGGUAGUGCCCGAGUCGGCGGUGAAUGCGCGAUGGAGAGGGCCGGCGAUCGCCUCUUGAAGGAGUGCGGCUCUUCUGGAACUUUAUCGUCGUCGCAGCAGCUUCGUUUCCUCUUCAACGCCCGCUGCCUAUCAAGCUCCUCAUUCAGCCUCCUGUGAACAACAACACGAUCUCUUUCCAGCCAACCCCUCUCCAAUUCGAGGGUCCGGGGAGUCUGAUUUGCAGUCGGUGCAUCAGAAACACGCGUUGGUCGUAGACGAGAUGUCCAGCCACGGACGGUGUUGCUGAUGGAUGCUUUCACUGAUCCCGGGGGUGGUAGUUUCAGCCUCGCAGCGGCCCCCAAGAGCAUGCGACGACGAGGAGGAGGAGCCUCCUGCGGGGUUUUUUUGGUGAGAUGAGGCGGAAGU